AUGAGCGCGUAUCUACGCGCCUCGGCCAUCGCCACCGCACCCGCGCUUGCUCCCGCCGCCGCCGCAGCGGGCGGCGUGGGCCUCGGCUACGGCAUCGCCAUCGCGGUCGGCGUCCUCAUCCUCGUCUCCACCGUCAUGCUCAUCUCCUACCUCUGCGUCCUCACCAAGACCGACGCCGCGCACGCCGCCACGCUUCUCGCUGCCCCCGCGGCCCCGUCCCCCGCCGCCGCAGCCGCCGUGCCGGGCCUCGACGUCGCCGCCAUCGACGCGAUGUACCCCAAGUACCCGCACGUCGCCGGCACCGGUGAUGACGGCGACGGCGGCGGCGGCUCGUGCGCCAUCUGCCUCGGCGACUUCGCGCGCGGCGACGCGCUGCGGCGCGGUCCCGGGUGCGGGCACCGCUUCCACGCGUGCUGCGCCGAGCGGUGGCUCCGGGUGAGCGCCACCUGCCCCGUGUGCCGCGACUCGCCCGUCGCCACGCCGCUCGCGGAGGCCGUGCCACUCGCCGCGCAUGCGCGGUGA